AUGGAAGCCCCAGCCACGAAGCAGUGUGGGCGAUGCUAUCGCAUGAAGCCCCUCGCCGAAUUCGUGGGUCGAAGAGGCCAGGAAUGCAAAUUCUGCCAGCCCUGUCGAGACCAAUCCAACGCGAGCCACGCGCGCAAGCGUCGCGAGGACGCCGAGAACAGGGCCCGCGGCAACGAGCAACCGCGGAAGAAAGCAAAAGCGGAGGACGAGGCCAAGGCCGAAGCUGGCGCCGCCCAGGAGGACCAGAGACCACCCGUGGCUGCUCGGGCUUCAACCAACCUGCCCCCAGUUGUCUCGCUAAUGGAACUGGGGGCGAUGGCCCCAGCACGAGCUGCAGCACCAGCACGAGCUGUACUAGCGCGUCCUGGUACUGAGCAGCUACCACGGUGGCCAAGUAACUCGACGCCGGUCGAGUUUCUUGGUGGGUUGCGCACCUCAGCCAAUACACAGGUGCACCAACCCGUUCUGGAUCCGGGGUGGACGGCGCCCGAGUUCAUUCAGGAGUGGGACAACUCGGACGAUGCGCAGAUGCGCCAACCCUCGGUUCAAGACUCAGGUUGGCCGACGCAAGCUGGUGCGUCUCUGCCAGAAAGUGGACCGACCAGCUCUGCAGUGGUGCAAGCUGGAGAAGAAACCCCGGCCAGCCAGGAGGAAUACAGGGCGGCAAUAGAGCUCUCUCGAGAGCUCACACGGGGGUGGCGCAUGUAG